GGUAUAGGGGGAAGGGGUGGGAGCUGGGGGCCGAGGACGUCGACAUGGAUAGAAUCGGGCCUAAAGCAUGACCUGGAGGUCUGCCCAUGAGUGCAAAACUUGUUUGGGACCAGCUUUGAUUUUGACUACCGCCAUGCUUUUGAUGUCGGGACAAGGUUGCAGAGCGCAUGACUUGUCCUUAAACUUAGUACUUAGAGACAAGACAGUCAAGGUUAUUUCCCGCCACUUCUCUGGAUGGCACCGGUUACCCCCUCUCAUCUAAGAGGACAACCGAACAUGGUCUAGUGUGAUAACCUUGAAGUCGGAAAAUGCAAAGCGGCUCGGACAACCGGUGGUUACGAGUUUAUUUCCUACAUGGCAGGAUGAUCAAGUACAGUGGCACUGCCAGCAAAGUCUAACUUGCAGUCCCAUUGCUCAAACCUAGGACUUUAAACUCCGACUAUGGGGGGUUUAUUCUUACCUCGGAAAGGCAGGCUGUCAUUCCCACAGUACUAUGUUCGUGAGAACCUUUCCUCUCCAUCCGUCGACAUUCAUCUUCCCACAACCUACCCCAGAUCUCAACAGCGACAGCACGUCCGCAAGACAAGAACAAGACGGCCAGAGACACCUAAAGCGAGGGCCACGGCCUCUCAAAGCCAUGAUUGCGAGCCUAGAGCCACACAUGAUCGUGCUCAUCAUCCUCCAAGUCCUCGGGUACGCAUUAAUCGCCAUCGCAGUAGCAUACGGCGCGCUGCUGAGGAGGAGAAUCGGCCGCCUGACCCCGCAACGGAGGUGGCUAUGGCUCUUCACCGCAACACUCCUCGGCCUGCUAUGGCCCCUGACCUUGAUGGGGCUCGGACUGCAGCACCUUGGCUGCUGCUCCACGAUAGAUGACGCCGCGGACGACGACAUCGAGGCGCAAGACCAACAACCCGGGGAGAUGCUGCCCCUUACCCCGGUCUCGACUGCGAGUGGGCUGGAGAUUCCGGAGCCGCCACCGACGUAUACGCCGCUGUGAGGCAUUGACGGGGGACCCAUUACGAGAGCCAUUACGAG